AAUCAUGUCAAAAGUCCUGAUAUUGUUGACUUUCUUCUGCUUGUGCCUGAUGCAAAUUCAUGUUCAAGCAAAUGAGAAUAAAAGGAUCUGCCAGAGGCUGACCGAAAAGUGUCUUUCGCAUCAGCCCAGAAGAGGACCCGACGAUGAUGUGACAAACAUUUUCAAUGCCAAUUGUCGUAGAAUUAGGCGCCAAUGGAAGAAUAUUACUCGCUGCGAUCUGGACCGUGCCACCUGUGAAUUAACUUUGGUUAAAUGUAGAUCUGUAACCUGUGACAAUGUGCGAAAGGUACUCACGUCAUAAGCGUGUCACAAAAAAGAGAG